ACGAGUUGAAGUAAAAGAAGAAGACGAUUACACAGAAGAAACAGGAGGAAGAAAACAUUGAUACAUCAGCUAUCGAGAUCAAAUAGCGUUUAAGUUUUAUCAUGAAUCACGUCGACUUUUUGCUGUGCGUGCAUUUUAGUAAAUUGCAGUUGGAAGAACAGUUGGAAAUAAAACGCUUAGGGCCGCACAGACCAGAAGACUUUGUACUGCUUCAACAUGGAGAUAUGGUGACCCGCACCUUCAAAAAAGACUGGUUCGAAAAAAAGAAAUGGCUAACCGCGAGCACGACCAAAAGCGCACUCUUUUGUUUCCCCUGUCUUCUUUUUGGUGGUUUGGACUCCGUAUGGGCAUCGAUCGGCUUCAAAGACAUUAAACAUCUGUCCGAAAGAACGGCCAAGCACGAGAGCUCCUCGUCACACCUGAGAUGUGCCAUGAAGUUGGGUUUACUUGGGCUGCCCGCAGUGCAGACGCCCAUCGGUGACGCCGAUCGGCUUGCCACCGAGGAACACAACAGACUAACCGGGGAGAAUCGCUAUGUUCUGGACAGACUGGUUACCUGCGUUAAACUUUGUGGCAAGUGUGAAGUGGAUUUGCACGGUCACGACGGAACACUAAACGCGGCUCUCUUUAGCUGCAUAUUUGAGACCAUGUGUGAGGGAGACACCAGGCUCAAAAGACACUAUAACGCGCAGCCUUUCUUUCAUUUGUCUUUAAGCACCAUUCAGGACGAGCUACUGGACUGCAUGUAUGAGGUCUACAGGGAGGAAGUGGACAAACAAUUGCAACAGACUCAGUUUGUUGGUCUGCAGGUCCAUGAAAUUACUCAUGUCUCGUGCAAUUCUCAAAUGGCCAUCGUGUUGAGAUAUGUGGUGAACAACACUCUUAUCGAGAGAUUCCUUGAGUUAAUCGAAGUCACGGAUAAAACUGCCUUUGGCCUUUCCGACGCCAUCCAACAAGUUCUCGAGCCCUUGCAUCUGGCUGAGAAACUUAUCGUGCAAACCUAUGAUGGAGCUGCCAUGCUGAGUGAUGGCGAAGGCAGCGUGCAAACCCUGAUGCGUUUAAAGUACCCAAACGCAGUGUUUGUGCAUUGCUACUCCCACCAGUUAAAUGUUACCCUGCAGCAGGCGUGCGCAUCUCGAAUCCGUGAGCUGAAGGUGUUUUUUGCUGAUUUGUCUGGCUUUGCAACCUUCUUCACGCCGCCCACAAGAGCAGCUGCCCUGAUGAAGGUGUCGUACAACGACAUCCAGCGACCACGGUGGAACUUUCAAAGCAGAACAAUUAACGCUGUAUGGGAUAGCCAGGAUGCCAUACUGGAGUGUUUGGAUUGCAUUCGCACUCAGCCGGGAUGGGACAGUGUGACUGUCGGCGAGGCAUACGGCCUAUCCAUGCAUUUGAGAGACCCCAGGUUUCUCCAGCUGCUGCAUUUCUUCGCGGAAGUCAUGCCGGAAGUGGACGUGCUACAGAACAUCCUGCAGAACCGUGAGAUUGAUGGCUCGAUUGUGAGAUGCGCUGUGGAGAACUUCAUCGCCAACGUGAAGGAGGUGAGAGAGAGGGCACACGUGAUCGCCGACCACGCUGGCGAUGGCGAACCCAAGCGCAGGAAAACCAACACGGCUGAAGUUAUGAAGGAGGCUUGUGACAACAUGAUUGCGCAAGUGGAGGAACGGUUCUCCAACAGUGACUACCUCAUUGCAGCGCAGCUCGUGGACUGCUCACUUUUCCCCAAAUUCGCUGCUUCAUUCCCGGUGGCCCAACUCAGCUGUGCUAUCAAGCUGUGGCCUUCGGCGCUUAAGAACAAGGAAAAGUUACAAAGUGAACUCAAUAUUCUCUACCAACACAAUCAGCUGUACGCGGGCAAAUCUGCGCUUUCUCUCCUUCAGACUAUUAGUGAAAGUGGCCUACAAGACAUCUUGUCCGAAACAUGCAUUCUGUUAAACAUCUUCCUCGCAACUCCCAUGGCGUCCCCUGAGCCUGACAGGAACCAUUCAGCAAUGGAAAGGAUACACACAUUUGCAAAAAACACGCUAGGAAAAGAGCGAUGGAAUGCUCUUUGUAUGCUUUCCAAUGAAAACCAAUUUAUCCAGGAACUGGUUGAUUUCAACAGAAAAGUCAUGGACAAGUUUGCUCGUGCAAACAAUCACAACAUUUCAUUUCUGUUCAAGUAAAUUAGUUUUCUUAUUGUAUUUUAAAUCUGUGAUUAAUAAUUUUGAUGAAUGUACGGUAAGUCAUUGAGGUGUCCAAAUGUUGGCCACUUUCAGAACACCUUUGUCAUUUUAGAUGUUCUGCUACAGUGAUUUUUUUUCUUACACUUACUCAAAUUUAAGUUAGUUUAUUAAGCACGCGUUAACAUGAAUAUUAAAAAGUGCCCUAACUUGGCUCUCGCUAACCGGAAAAUGUAAAGAUUCCAUAAUAUUCACACACAACAGUUUCACUGUUCCUUAAAUAUGAACUACGUAGAUGUUGAAUUUUGCAAUGAUGUUGUAAUGGCACUGCAAAAUCUUUCAAUUUCUUAUUUGAAACUGGCAAAAUUUGUAAAUUGGAACACGAAGGACAUUUGGGUGUCCGGACACCCUCAACAGCAUCAUUUGCUCAUCCUCUUCCGUUUCUACGCCGCUAGCUGCUCCUCAAUGUUCUGAUUGAUUGUUGUUUGGCGUCCAGUCCAGGGUGAGCAGGCACUCGCCCAUAGUUAGCUGGGGCAGGCUCCAGCACGCGCAUGACCCGACUGAGGAGUGGUAUUGGAGAUGGACAGCCGAAGGUUUGAAAUUUUGUUGUCCAUGUAUACUUUUAGGGCAGCCCGGUAGUCGAGUGGUUAGCAUGUCGACUUCGCAGUGCAAGCUACCAGUUAAAUUCCAGCUCGGCCUUACGGUGUGGAGUUUGCAUAUUCUUCCCAUGCUUGCGUGUGUUUUCUCCGGUUCCUCUGGUUUCCUCCCACAUUCCAAAAUCAUGCAUGGCAGGCUGAUUGAACACUCCCUAAUUGUCCCUAACUGUGACUGUGAGCACAAAUGGUUGUUUGUUUCUGUGUGCCUUGCGAUUGGCCGGCAACCAGUUCAGGGUGUCCCCCGCCUACUGCCCGAAGAUAGCUGGGAUAUAGACUCCGGCACCCCCCACGGCACGAGUGAGGAUAAAGCGGUUUGGAAAAUGAAGUAUAUUUUUACAUAUUGUGUGACUCCUUAUCUAUGUAAACUGUUGCAACUUUUUUUUGGUAUUCAUUCUUAACCACAAACAUAUACUGUAGAGCCAAGUUGUUUUUGAAUAAUGUUCACUGCUGUUUGUUCAUGUGUUAAAAGUACAUCAGAGGUUAAGAGUAGUAGAAUAUAUUACAUGUUUGCAAUUCAAGUUGCCUCACCAUUGUUUCCUAUAUAAAACUCAUUUUAUAUCGAAGAAGUGGAAUAAAUGUAUACACGUUCCUGA